GUACGUUAUUAUAACGCGACUCUAAACGAAUAUUUGAAGCAGCAAAAUUUGAUUCGAGGCUUUUCACUAAUUGGAUUACUCUAAAUAAUCGAUUAAUCGUUGAAGCACUCCUCACCUUUUUGUCCCACAAAGUGUUUUUACGCCCACACUUCGCUCUCGGACAACGCUUCACUCAAAAGAUUUCUGGCCCUUCCAGUUUGCUGUGGGCUGAUAACAAAGAACACAUUGUCACGCCCAGACAGGAAAUGGGGUGUGUUUGAGUCAAGUCAUUCUCCCUUGGAUGUCAUUGCAACUGAAAGGGCACCACAGGCACGCAGUUUGGCAAACUAAACUUAUAAGUUAUAUCUUUGUCGAAGUAUCUUGAACUACGACACAAUGUUUAUUUCCUUGCUGCUAUUGGGUGUAGUUGUAGGAGCUGCCUAUGCUUACCGUGAGAUUGUUGUGAAGGGGAAACAGUUCACUGGCAAAGCAAAGCUGCAUGGAAAGACUGUGAUUGUUACAGGUAGCAACACCGGAAUUGGAAAAACUACAGCAAUAGACUUGGCUAAAAGAGGAGCCAGGGUUAUUCUGGCUUGUCGUAGCAAGCAGAGGGGAGAAGCUGCUCUUGCUGAUGUCAAAAGGGAGAGUGGCAGCAAUCAGGUUGUGUUCAUGCAAUUGGAUUUGGGAAAUCUUAAAUCAGUCCGCAGCUUUGCUGAAACCUUCCUGAGAAGUGAGCCCAGACUGGACAUUCUUAUCAAUAAUGCAGGAGUUUAUAUGCAGGGUCGAACAGAGGAUGGUCUCGGCUUGAUGUUUGGUGUCAAUCACAUUGGACACUUCCUCUUAACCAACCUUUUGCUGGACCGCCUGAAAGAGUGCGAACCAAGUAGAGUGGUUACUGUGUCAUCCAUGGCACAUAAUUUUGGAAACAUCAACUUUGACUGCCUAAGCAAGCACAACGCACUGGGACUGGGGUCUUCGUUCUCGGAAACUCUUCAGAUCUACUCUGACAGUAAGCUGUGCAACGUCCUCUUCAACCACGAGUUGGCCAAGAGACUGCAAGGAACCAAAGUCACCUGCUACUGCCUCCAUCCAGGAGCUAUCAAUUCUGAGUUGGCCAGGAAUGCUAGCUCAUUGGUGCACUUCUUCUUGAAGCCCAUCACUACCUUCUUCUUCAAAAACACCGUCCAGGGAUGCCAGACCACACUGCACUGCGCUCUGCAGGAGGGAAUUGAACCUCUCAGUGGACGUUACUUCUCCAACUGUACUGUGCGAAACCUCUAUUCUAAAGCCAAGGAUGAUGCUGCAGCAAAGAAGCUGUGGGAAGUCAGUGAGAGGAUGUGUGGUCUCGCAUAAAUUCAUCCACAAUUGAAUUAAACUGGGCAGCACAGUGAGAUCUAAGAUCAAGAGUCCAAUCUUGGGGCCCUUUUUGCUUGUGUGAAGUUUAAAUGAAUAAUAAUUAUAAGGUAAUUUCCAGAGAAAUAGCGUUUGGAUGCCUUGCUCGGUCUCUCACGGGUCAUUUCCUGUUGAUUUUUAGUCCCUUCCUAUCUAUUAUGGGGCUUUUUUAGGUUACAUCCUUGUGAACUUAUUGGCUGGCAUUGAUGGCGCCAAGCCAUUCAGACUGGGGCAUGUUUAGCUCUGUCAAUAGCAGCCAAUGAAUGCCCUAUAAAAGCCUAAAAACUCAAGGUUUUCAGUUUUUUUUGUGGUUUUGGCUGACUUAUUUGUGUAUUUUCGCAGUUUUUGUUUUUUUGCGGUUCUUCCAGUUUUGCUGUUUUUCUUCCCACAAAUUUUGCUUUUUUUUUCGCAGGAUGCUUUUACCUUUCAUUAUAUUUUUACAAAUUUUCCAUGGUUUUUCAACUUUAUUGCGGUUUUCUGAUUUUCUGAAGAUUUUUCACGUUUUUCAUGAAGGGGUUCUUGCAUUAUUUUUAAGGUCUUUCUUGGUAUAAAUCUAUAGAUUUUGGGGCUUUUUCAGGACACUUCCUGUUGUUAUUGGGUCAUUUUUCCCAUAGGAAAUAAUUGGGGCCUUUGGAAAUAAAUAGGGAUUUUUAUGUCAGAUUUUGAUGGAACUGUGCAUUUCGGGCAAAAAACCUGUAUGCAACUUUUGUGCACCUUGAUUUCCUCAAAUUGUUUCAUGUGUAAAUUAUGUAAAGCGAACAUAUAGGACAAGAUACAUUUUGAAAUGUUAAACUUUUUAUGUGUUUGCCAUGGAAAUUGGCUUUUUUUGUUGUUGUCAAAAAACGUGCAUCUUUGCCACAACUCUGAACUUUAGGGGUGAAAUCGAAAGAGGGCCUGUUUCUCGUGAAUUAAAGUUGGAUUGGUGAGGAUCUGUAAAAACGCAUGGACUGUGUAGCAUGCCAAAAAAUAGAUGGGGGGAAACAAAGAAUAUAUUGUUUGUAUUGUAUUGUAUAUGGCUUUGCAAAGCAUCCCCACAAUAAUAAGAUAUAACAAAAUGAGAGUGUGAACUGAUUUUCAUCUAUGCUUUUUGUCAGUGACUAACACUGUUGCAUGUCUGUCCUGUCUUCAACCGAGCAGAUUUGAAAGCAAUGUGACGUCACAUUGUCAUCUGAUUAUGCAAGUACAGUGGUACAUCGAGAUAAGAAAGCUUCGGUACAAGAAAAAUUAAUUUCCCCAAAAGUUUUUCGAAGCUUUUUCGCUUCAUAUUACGAAAAAACAUUCAUCAUACGAAAGAUAUUACAUACUGUGAUCACUUGCAGCAAUGCAAUAAUGUAACAACUGUUUUGUCUUAUUCUAACAAAGCAGACGAGGUAUGAAAAUUAUGCGUAAACAUUUCAUGAAAAAUUGUUUUCACUCGACCAGUCACAAAGUGCGGAGUGCCCGUCCUUGUAUAUACCAUCCAAUGGCUCCAUGGGUAAUCACAUUGCACGCUGGGUAAUGGAGUUAAAACGCAACACCACAACAACGUUUCACUAUAAAUGCAAACAAACGAAUUAUAAACAACACAGCGUGCUACAUAAUGCUCCUGUAUCUAAAACAUAAAAAGAAUAUAGCUUAUAAGCGAUGCUUUAUCAAGACACAAACAGCGAGAUGACAUAGCAAACACAGGCUGCCCUUUAGCUGUCUGUGUUUGCUAUGAGGUCGAGUAGUCAUGUGAUAACAUCUGUAGAAGGUAAAACCUAACAAAGCACCCCGACAAAUAAAGGCAGGCAAUCAGAGGACAUAAAAGCAAAUUUAACGUUCAGGCAUGAAAAUCUCUCACCUUUCGGCGAAAUUCGCCGUUUUGAAGUAAAAAAGGAUGACCUACGUGAAUCGUGUAGAUCCGAGGAGAAACUUU